ACGUAGGAUGGGCCCGGCACUUCAUCGGAGCCACCUUUUUCCUUCGGCGCGAUGCCGUCGGAGCAGUUUCGGAUGGAGACCGUCGAGGCCCUGCGGAACACCCGCAAAGGGCGGCUGCGCUACUGCCGCGACUGGAGCCCGCUCGAGGAGGGCAUCUUGGAAGAGGAUAAAUCCCCUCCGGUGCUGUCCUCCUACACAGGCUGGGUGCUUGAAAAAAUCAUCUCGUGUUCUCCAAAAUCCGAUCCUCGCCUCUUGGCAAAAUCUGCUCCUGAAGUUGCAUCUCUAUUCCAUGGUUUAUCUUUAAAGACCAAUGCCUCUCCUGCCAACCAGCAGAGCCCCCUACCCUUGUUAACAGAAGCCCCUGCUGAUGCCCAGAAAUGGAGUACCCCGGGGAGCAACCAGGAACCCCUCCGGACCCCCCCGUCCAAAAGUACCGGAGUCGAAGGCCUCAUCCAUUUGCACAAGGAGAUCCAGAAGCUGAAAGGGAAGGAACAGCUGAAGCAACGCUUGGAACAGCAGGAGCAGGCGGUGAAGGCCGCCUCCGAGGAGGCCAGCGAGUCGCUGAAGCGCUUCGAUGAGAUGAAGGAGCUGAAGCAACACCAGGACUACCAGCACCUGCAGCAAGAGAUUGAGAACAGCUCCAAAGAAGCUCAGGGCCAGCAGGAGAAGCUGAAGGAGGAGCACCGGCGCAGAGCCAAACUUUUAAGCCGGAAGCUCCGUGAGGCCGAGCAGCAGCGACAGCGGCAGGAAGACCUGGAGCGCCAGCGGCGGGAGGAGAGCCAAGAACGCCUGCGCCGCCUCUACGCCAUCCAGGAGGAGGUUCUGCAGAUCCACCAGCAGAUCGGCCUCAGCGCCAGGCAUAAAGAGCUGCCCGCCAUCGACUUCUCCCUCUACAACAACCGUGGCAAUCAACUCUGCGGGGAGGUGUCUGCCUUAGUCCGGAUGGCCAACGAGCAGGCUUUCCCCACCGAGGCAGAUGUGGCUUCCGCUGAUCAAGUCCUGCUCAAAAUGCACCAGCUGCUUUCUGACAUGCAGCAAGAAAUUGCUCUCGCCCUGGAAGAGAAGAAGAAGCAGGAGGAGAAGUUGGCUUUGGCGGCGGCUGCAGCAGCCGAGGCCAAAAAAACAGAGGAACUGCAGAAGCAAGAGCUGGCAAAAUCCCAGGCUUCGGAUCCCGGAAAGGUUGCUGGAGGGCUUCAGGUAAAGGCAGACCCGUCCAUCAUGAAGUGGUACCAAGAGCUGCAGAAAGAAUCCGAGCAGUGUGUGGCUUCCUUCAGUCGCUUGGCUAACAGCAAAGACACGCAGGAGAAAAAAAUCAAAAUGGAAUUGCAGAAAGCUGCCACCAUCCCUGUCAGCCAGAUUUCUACCAUUGCAGGUUCUCAACUGAAGGAGAUCUUUGAAAAGAUCAACAGCCUCCUGUCAGGAAAAUACGUGCAGUGCGGCGGCCAUAAAAUAUCCGUCACGCAGCACCCCGAAGGCCUGGAGUUUGUUUAUUUCAAACUGGCUGAAAAGUUUGUGAAACAAGGCGAAGAAGAGGUGGCCUCUCACCACGAAGCGGCGUUCCCCAUUGCCGUGGUGGCAUCUGGCAUCUGGGAGCUGCACCCCAAAGUGGGCACCCUCACCUUGGCUCACUUGCACAGAAAGUGCCCUUACGCUGUGCCCUUCUACCCUGCGAUGAAGGAAGGCACCCCCCUGGAAGAAUAUCAGAGGAUACUUGGCUACCAAGUGAAGGAUGGGAAAGUUGAGCCGCAAGAUAACUUUCUGAAGCGGAUGUCAGGAAUGAUCCGACUCUACGCGGCCAUCCUGCAGCUUCAGUGGCCUUAUCGAGAUAAGCAAGGGACUCACCCACACGGAUUAAACCACGCCUGGCGUUGGGUGGCACAGAUAUUGAACAUGGAACCUCUGGCAGAUGUGACGGCAACCAUUCUCUUCGAUUUCCUGGAGGUGUGUGGGAACGCUCUCAUGAAGCAGUACCAGGGGCAAUUUUGGAAGAUGCUCCUCCUGAUCCAGGAAGAGUAUUUUCCCAGGAUCGAAUCAAUUACCAGCCCUGGGGAAAUGGGCUCCCUCAUACGAUUCAAGCAAUUUUUAAAAGAAUGCUUACAACGAAAAAACAUUCCUCUCCCCAAAGGAUAUUUGCCACCUUCUUUUUGGAAAUCGUGAAAAUCCGGAUUCCUUGCACUUUUACAGAAGGUUGAAAGAAUAGCUCGCUUCAGGGUUUUUGUUUUUUUUGUUGUUAUAAAAAAAAAAAGUCUGCAGGGAGACAUUUUUUAAAAACCAAACAAAAGAAGAAAAGAUUUGGAUUCUCUACAGAAUCUGGAAAUGGCUUGUCAGCUUUUAUCCGAUGGUCAAAAACAACCUUUGUCUCUCAAGAUAUUCAGCCGUGAUUUGCACUCCCAUCGUCGAACAAGGGUGUGUCCUUUUUGUUUUUCCUGCUGUGUCAUGCCCACGCUCUUAAACACAACAUUAACAAAUUGGUUUCAGUGCCCUCGAGGGACGCCUGUGUUUUAUUAACAUCAGAAGUUUAACGCGCACCAAUAAAAACCCAACCCCCCCCCCCAUCAGUGUCUGAAACCCUGCAAUUGAAUUGGAAGAGAGAUUAAUUCUUAAUAAAAGUGCUGCAGUCCCUUGCAGCAAAAUCCUUGGUGGACUGCCUUUAAUUUUAAAAAGCAGGCAGAAUGGAAAACCUUUUGAGCUCAUCCAAGCAAUGCUGAAAGAACAUGAAUUGAUUUCGUGGCCUUCAUUCUUUUUUUUAACAAAAAAGAUUUUAGACAGCUUUGCAUUUAUUUAAGUAAGAUUUCCCCCCCCCUUCCCCCUCAAAAUAGAACCAUGAUUGAGAAAAGGAGAGGAUCCCUGCUGGCUGUUUCAUUUUCAUAAAAUCAAGGGAAAUUGCUUUUAAAAUCAGUCCGUGGUUUUCUCUCUCUCUUGGAUCCAAGCCGAUACUUGAACUGUGGAACGUCUGCUUUCGCUAUUUGCAAGCGAUCGGUGGAAAAUGAAGAAGAAUUUAUAUUUUUAUGCAUUGGGUGCUAAGAUAAACAGUAAAGUAUAUCGGAUAACAUAUAUAUUUCAUACGACAUGAUCCAGCUUGCUGGCGGAGUGGCAGAUCUGCGAGUCGACAGAGCGAUUGUGUCAGCUCAAUCAAGCGUGAAAUGUUGACCUUGUGUGUCUUAUUUUGCUACAGUGAUAAUUUUUACAGUGAUAAAAGACAAUAAAACUUGGGAAGAAGCUGCCUUGAAUAUUCAUGAAAGCUCAAAUGAGCUUUAUUUUAAAGACUUCGUCGAGUAACUUAUUUCAAUGUAUACGCAUGCUUGUUUUCAAAGUAAAGACACGGAAUUUCUAAUCUCA